CAGGCACAUGAAACGGCGUGAGCAUUGCAACGUGCAGCUCGUGAACAUUGACUCCAGCCCGUCGGAGCGGGCAUGGGAACCUUGAUAUAUAUGAGGUCUAAAUCGUAAGAUGCGAAGCACGGUCUUUUCUGAGCUUCCUAAUUGUUGUUUUGUUCUAUGUUUAGAUGCAGGCGCCCUGGACAUGAGGUGGAGAACAUACCGUCACGAUGAAGCUGCAGAACAGGCACGGAUCGAGUCGGCUAGACGUCAGCGCUCGCAAGCCAAGCGCGGCAAGAGUCGGGAGAGAGCGGCGCCGGACUGUCGACAAUUUCGUGAGGUGAUGCGGAGCAGAGUCGUGGAUGAAUCAUAUGAGCUACCUGCUGCGGUCUACAGGUAGCGUUGAAAUCUGCCCCGUGAGCUCCAAACGUUCCAGGCGUACUUGGUUGGCUAUAGACUCGUGAAAUUCUUGCUGGCGAAUCUCCGCGGCUAGGCAGCUGGUGUGCGUGUCUGCUGUAAGCCGGUAGCUCCGAGUCGAAGGCAGAUUCAAACGCAUUGAGGCCAACAUUGACUAGGCGCCCAUUUGGCGGUGUCGACACAUCUUCGGCUCCAUCCGGACGAGACACAGGAGCUGGACGAGACACAGGAGCUGAGUGGACCUGCUCAGGACACGUAGUUGGGCUGAGAAGCCCGUCGCGAUCUCGCUUGUUGGCCGGCAUCUCAACGGGUCGCAAAGGCUCUUGAUGUGUACUAGAUGUGGAACGACAACCGUAGGCAGCGCUCCCUCUCUGCAGGAGAGCGACAUUGGAUCCAGUGGAGCUCAGAGUCAGGCCUCGGUCGGCUGCCGUCCUCUUAGCCUUGCUCAUUCGGCCGCCGCUCGGUGGACUCAGCGCCGAACUUGGAGGGCCCAGACUGCUCGUCGAGUCAGCCCUCAACAUCGUUCUGACAUCCGCGUGUGGCCGCAAACUCUGUAGCCCCAUCGACAGCGGAUUCUCAAGUGGUAGAGAGAAACUGCGUGGCUUGGUGUUGACCUUGCUUCGCAGAGCGGUGGUGGAAUCUCCUCUAUUCUUUUGUCCCUUAUCGGGAUGGAACAUGUUUGACCAUUCAGCUGAUCUAGGCGAUAGCGAUGCUAAAGUCUCGCCGCCGCUCCCGGAUGCUGGUCCCCUGGUCGAGGCGCUGCUUGCAGUAGCGCUCUGAACGGAUGCGGAGCGUAUCAGAUUACCGACGCCUCGAAAGCUAUUCAUGCUAGCUGCUGCGAUGGAUUCAGACGAAGGAGAACGCUUGCGAUCAGAGCGAUGUCCUAAAGCCAGGUCCGACUUGCUGAGAUCAAUGCGUACUUUGCCCGACACGGUGGACCACGCUGUCGCAAGCCGAGACGGCUGGCAGUCAGUGGAGGUUCGCGAGCAUGGCGAUAUCAGUUCCUUGCCGUCCUGACGGUACCCAUCUGGCGUCAUGCGACCAGGUGGCUCAGGGAAGAAUAGCAAUGUACCCAUACGACUUUCCGCCAUUGCGCCGCCAACGGUGCUGCUCACAUCUUCGCGGCGUGUGCGGAAGGUGGGUGAAAGUCUGGUGAUGCUGCCCCGCAAGUCAGCUGACGAUGUCCUUGGCCUGCGUCGGGCGAACCAGUUGGACAGCGAACGGCCAGGAGGCACCUCGCGCGCAGGCCUGCUCGACAGAGAAAGGCCGGACGUGGUUGAGCAGUCGUCUCUAAGCUGCUCGGUAUCCGAGUGGCGCGUGUCUGUGCGUUGAAGUGAGCUGGAGCGUGCUCGCAAAACAGGCUCCUUGCGAGUCAAAGGGGCGACCACAGGAGCCGCGUGGCCAGACUUGGGGGGAAUAGCAACAGAUAAGGCUGUUGAAACGCGUUGCGCGGAAACAGAGACUGGAGCUGAGGCAGACUGACACUCUCGUGAUCCUUCAACAUGUUGUUUCAUCAUGUGUUGAGCCGACAUUGCGGCAGCCGCUUUCUUGGCCAUUAACGUUCCGCCGAACAUGGAUGCUCCAAGGAGCGGCUGAGCGCUUUGUCCUUGUUCUUGGGGAAGGACUCCCAAAGGUCUACUGCGAAGCCAACCUCCUUCAGUGUCGAUGCUAGACGAUCGCGAUGAUGCAAGAGCAACAUCAGAGAGCUUGUGCGACAAUUUGCGCAAGCGGUGAUUUUUCACCGGUGUGGGUGUCUUGGGCAAGGGCUCUUUUGGUGGUGCAGAAUCCACGCUUGAAGAUUGCCAACGACCGUGCUCACGCGCAUGCAGACCUUUUGGAAGGAUCGAUGAUGUCAAGCUUGAUUUUGUCUGCCCAUGUUGACCUGAAAAGUUUUGCGCUCGCAUCUUUCGGGGCAAGGUUGGUUCUUGGUGACCAUGAUGGAAAGCGUCCACUCGAGACUCGGAGCGUUCCGGUGCUAGGUCCGAAGCUGACUCUUGACUCCAACGUGUCUGGCCUUCAGAAGUGUGUGCACUGGAGACUUGCGACGACCUUCCGGGUCCCCUUUCUGAGCCGCUCACCUCCAGCCUCAACGAGGUCCGCCCGUUCUCCG